AGAGCUGGGUUCCAUAUAUAAUAUGUUGUCAGGAAGUCAGUAAUAAGUCUUCAGCUGAGAUCAACUUCAGAUCUAAGAUAGACACAUAGAAAGUCAGUAGUAAGCCUCCAGCUUAGAUCUACACUAGAUUUAUUGUUAGACCAACACGAAAUAUCACGAAAUAUCACGUACCACCACCGACAACUAUCGUCAAGAUGGAUUUCUCACAGUUUUCCAGGAACGUUUCGCAACGUUUUUCCAUUUCUUCUCUCGUAGCUUUCGGAUUAUUUCUCAUUCUCACCAUAACGAUUCUUCACCAAGAUUCAAGGAUUAGGAAAAUGGAAGAGAAAUCGGAACAAAACCGUUUCGUUUCUAAGAAAUCUCUCGAUGAUAAACCUGAUGACACACCAAAACCCGGUCUCGGAUCACUAUAUACCCGGUGGGGUAGAACGACCUGUCCUCCUUAUUCAGAGCUUGUAUAUGAUGGUGUGGUUGGUGGGCAGCACUAUGACCAAACUGGUGGUGGAAGUAAUCUCUUAUGUUUACCAAAUGAUCCGAUUUGGGCCAAUUAUACUACAGUAGUUGAUGUGGCCGCACAGAUAUAUGGAUGCGAAUAUGAGAUAACAGUUGCUAAUAUAUUUUCUUUAGCUAACGCUAAAACUCUUCAGGAUCACAAUGUUCCGUGUGCUGUCUGUUUGACACGACAACCUGAUGUUGUUAUGAUGCUACCAGCCAGGACACGCUGUUACCCUGGGUGGACGAUUGAGUAUUCCGGUUAUCUAAUGACAGCCCACAACGAUCACAAAGGCAGAGAAGAAUAUGUGUGCGUUGACCAUGCACCAGAAGCUGAUCCAGCGGGUUACAGAGACGAAAAUGGAGCUUUAUUGUAUUUCGUUCAGGGUGUUUGUGGUUCAUUGCCAUGUCCACCUUAUGUCAAUGGUCAAGAAUUAAGCUGUGUUGUAUGCAGUAAAUAUUGAAUAGAAUACAACUGAAUCAAUUUGAAAAUGUAUACGGGGAAAUUGCAUCUGAUAAUAUCAAAGAAGAGUUUAUAAUUACAUAAUUCUGUUUCAUGAUAUUUUAUUCAAAUUAUGUAUAUGGUUAAAAUAAGCAACAUUAUAAUUGUUUAAAAUAGUAUUCCAAACGAGAAGAGUAUCUAAGGCGAAGGAUGCAAACCUCAAUUAAUGAUUCUUGAAAAGCAUUAUAUAAGCUUUUGUUUAUCUACAUACAUUUAUAUACAGAAAUAAAAUGAUAUCUAAUUUUAAAA